GCAACCCUGGCCCCAAAGUGCACACGUUUUACCCCAACUUCAAUUCGACUGCAUGUGAGUAAUCAACAUCUGGAGUUUCAUCAGUUGAUUGAUUGUUGCACCAGCCAGAAUUUAAAAGAACCCCUGCGAAAUGCCAGAGCCAGAGCAGCAGAACGAAGCUAGUGCUCCCGAUGGAGCCGGUGAGCCUCCCAAGACUGCCAAGCAGUUGGAGAAGGAGCGUCUGAAGGCGGAGAAGUUAGCAAAGCUGCAGGCUAAGCUGGACAAGAAGGCGGCUGCUGCUCCUGCUGCAGGUGAAAAGAAGGAGAAGCCAGAGAAGCGCACUAAGGAAGUCAAAGAGGCUGCGGUGUACACCGCCGAAACCGCUCCCGGAGAAAAGAAGGACCUGAGUGGCCCCCUACCGGAUGCCUAUAGUCCGCGCUACGUGGAGGCCCAGUGGUACAGCUGGUGGGAGAAGGAGGGCUUCUUCACCCCAGAGUAUGGACGACCAUCAAUCGAUGCUCCCAAUCCCAAUGGAAAGUUCGUGAUGAUCAUUCCUCCGCCAAAUGUGACGGGAUCCCUUCAUUUGGGACACGCCCUCACGAACUCCAUCGAAGACGCCAUUACGCGCUACCACCGCAUGAAGGGGCGCACCACCCUGUGGGUUCCCGGAUGUGAUCACGCCGGUAUCGCCACCCAGGUGGUCGUGGAGAAACUUUUGUGGCGUGAUGAGAAGCUGUCGCGUCACGAUCUCGGUCGUGAGAAGUUCAUCGAGCGUAUCUGGGAUUGGCGGAGAGAAAAGGGCGGUCGGAUCUAUGACCAGCUUAAGAGCCUGGGAUCAUCGUACGACUGGAGCCGUGUGGCCUUCACCAUGGACCCUAAGCUGUGCCGCGCCGUCACAGAAGCCUUCGUUCGCUUGCACGAAGAGGGCAGCAUUUACCGCAGCUCCAGGCUGGUCAACUGGUCGUGUACGCUCCGAUCGGCGAUCUCGGACAUCGAAGUCGACAAAGUGGAGAUCCCCGGGCGCACAUUCCUGUCCAUUCCCGGUUAUGAUGAGAAGGUAGAGUUUGGAGUGCUGGUCAAGUUCGCCUAUAAGGUGGAAGGAAGCGAGGAUGAGGUGGUCGUCGCCACUACCCGUAUUGAGACAAUGCUCGGUGAUACGGCGGUGGCAGUGCAUCCACAGGACGAGCGGUACAAGCACCUCCAUGGAAAGUUUGUCGUGCAUCCGUUCUCGACACGACGCUUGCCGAUUGUGUGCGAUGAGUUUGUGGAUAUUGCGUUCGGCACAGGUGCCGUGAAGAUAACGCCGGCCCACGACCCCAAUGAUUACGAGGUGGGCAAGCGGUGCAACCUACCCUUCAUCACCAUCUUCAACGACGAUGGCUACAUCAUCGGCGACUAUGGCGAGUUCACGGGCAUGAAGCGAUUCGAGUGCCGCAAGCAGAUUUUGAUCAAGUUGAAGGAGCUCGGACUCUACCGUGAGACUUUGAACAACCCUAUGGUUGUGCCCAUCUGCAGCCGCUCCAAGGAUGUUGUGGAGCCACUCAUUAAGCCCCAGUGGUAUGUCAGCUGCUCGGAUAUGGCCGCCUCUGCCACCGAGGCAGUGCGUUCCGGGGCAUUGAAGAUCGUUCCAGAGCAUCACACGAAAACGUGGUACCACUGGAUGGAUGGCAUUCGUGACUGGUGCGUUUCCAGGCAGCUAUGGUGGGGACACCGCAUUCCCGCCUACCAUGUCAGCUUCAGCGAUCCCUCCAUUCAAACUGGAUCGGCCGACGACGAGCAAUACUGGAUUGUGGCGAGGAGCGAGGAAGAGGCGCUCACCAAGGCAUCAGAACGGUUUGGCGUGGAGGCCAGUAAGAUCAACCUGAAGCAGGACGAGGACGUGCUGGACACAUGGUUCAGUUCCGGCAUCUUCCCCUUCUCUGUGUUCGGCUGGCCGGACCAGACCAAGGACCUGGAGACAUUCUAUCCCACAUCGCUGCUGGAAACUGGACACGACAUUUUGUUCUUCUGGGUGGCUCGCAUGGUAUUCUUCGGACAGAAGCUGCUGGGCAAGCUCCCAUUCAAGGAAGUCUACUUGCAUCCCAUGGUUCGUGACGCCCAUGGUCGCAAGAUGUCGAAAUCAUUGGGCAAUGUCAUUGACCCCAUGGAUGUGAUCCGUGGCAUUACAUUGGAGGGGCUUCAUGCUCAGCUAGUGGGCUCUAACCUGGACCCCCGUGAGAUUGAGAAGGCUAAGGCCGGACAGAAGCAGGACUACCCGCAGGGUAUUCCCGAGUGCGGUUCGGAUGCCCUACGCUUCGCCUUGUGCGCCUACAUUACCCAGGCGCGUGACAUUAAUCUGGACAUUAACCGUGUCCUGGGCUACCGAUUCUUCUGCAACAAACUCUGGAACGCCACCAAGUUCGCCCUGCUCUACUUCAACGGAUCGGAGAAGUUCGACACCGAGCUCAAGGCGUCUGAGGUCGUCAACCAGAUGGACGCCUGGAUCCUAUCCCGGCUAUCGGCUGCUAUAGAGGCUUGCAACCAGGGCUUUGAGACCUACGACUUUGCGGCUGCCACCAGUGCUUGCUACGCCUUCUGGCUUUACGAUCUGUGCGACGUAUAUUUGGAAUGCCUGAAGCCGAUCUUCCAGAGCGGCAGUGAGCAGCAACAGGCCGCUGCAAGGCGCACCCUGUACGUGUGUCUUGACUACGGCCUGCGGCUGCUCUCGCCGUUCAUGCCUUUCAUCACUGAAGAGCUUUACCAGCGCCUACCAAGAGCCAAGCCCGCACCCAGCAUUUGCGUAGCUAGCUAUCCCAGCAACGUCUCAUGGCGCAGUUCGAAAAUAGAAUCGGAAGUGGAGUUCGUCCAGAAGGCCGCUCGCAUCAUUCGGUCGGCCCGUUCCGACUACAAUCUUCCCAACAAGACCAAAACGGAGGCUUAUGUCGUGUGCACUGAUCCCGCACCCAAUGAAAUACUCAAGCGCUAUGCUGAUGACCUGGCCACGAUCUCUUACUGCUCCAAGGUGGUCUUCGAUGGCGAGGCCCCGCCCGGCUGCGCCAUUUUAACCGUGACAGGCCAGUGCGAAGUUCAUCUGCUGCUCAAGGGUCUGGUGGAAGCGGACAAGGAGAUCGCAAAGCUCCAGAAGAAGCGCGAUCAACUGGUGCAAACUGUGGGUAAACUGACCCAGGCCAGUCAGGCGGCCGACUACGCCACCAAAGUCCCCGCCGAGGUCCAGGCAGCCAACGAAACGAAGCUUUCAGAGUCGCAGGCAGAGAUAGAACGCAUCGCAGCCGCCAUCGAAACUCUAAAGCUGAUGUAAGCAGGCACUUGGAAUAGAUACUUUCCAGAAGGGGCAUUUUGUUGAUAUUUUGGCGUGCUGGCAAGGCUCGCCGCAGGACUAAGCUUAACUAAUAUAUGCUUUUAAAACAAUAGUUGCAUUUCGAACAGAAUAAAUAAAAGCCAGAGGUUUUUUCUUUAUUUA